CCAUUGAAUAAGUACCUCAUUACUCCGUACUGAGAGUCCUUCGUACGGAUAGAUUGGCCAAGUCAGGAUAUCACAAGCAUAUCUGCGCUCCGAAGCAUCAUCUAAAUACUUGUAUUCAGUGCUGAGACUUAACCUCGCUACCUUUCCACCGCUUUACCGAAGACUUGCCAGCAUCGCAAGCUUAAUUACGUUCAUUCCGUCCGCCCACAGUCCACACAGGUACGUACAAGUUCCAUCCGUCCCUCUCGACACUUUUUUUCCCUUCCCCGGCACGAAUCGUGAAACCGGAGGUGACCACCACGCCACUUUGUCUGGUUUCCACAAACAACAUGUCCUCACCGCUCAAAUCUUCCUCCCACUCUCUUUCGUCUCAAUCUAAUAACGCCGCUUCUCGUCUCUCUCAGGUCAAUCAACAUACCAUGGGUUCUACGGGAGAAUCGGCUGCUGCGGUCACUCGCUUCAGCGACAAUGUGGUGCCACAGGCUCCAGAAGACCCGUUGUUUGGUCUGAUGGCAGCAUACCGCAGAGAUACAUAUGAAAAGAAGGUUGACUUGGGCAUCGGCGCAUACAGAGACAACAAUGCAAAACCAUGGGUCUUGCCAGUUGUGAAGAAGGCCGAUGAGAUUCUUCGAAAUGACCCCAAUCUGAACCACGAAUACCUCCCGAUCGCCGGUCUUGCAGACUUUACAUCGGCGGCGCAAAAGUUGAUCCUUGGAUCAGACAGCCCUGCCAUCAAAGAAGGACGGGUAUGCUCACUGCAAACCAUCUCUGGCACCGGAGCCGUCCAUCUAGGUGGUCUGUUCCUUUCGAAAUUCCUCCAGUCACCGACGAUCUACGUGUCGAACCCGACAUGGGCCAACCACAAUCAAAUUUUCACAAACGUCCACCUCCCCAUCAAACAAUACCCAUACUUCUCCGCAAAGACAAAGAUGCUCGACCUAGACGGUAUGCUCAGUACGCUGAAAGCGGCGGACAAGGGCAGCAUCGUGCUCCUGCACGCCUGCGCACACAACCCUACCGGUGUGGACCCGACGCAAGAGCAGUGGAAACAGGUGGCGCAGGUGUGCCGUGAGCGUUCGCUCUUCCCCUUCUUCGACUGUGCCUACCAAGGCUUUGCCUCGGGCAACCUGGCCAAGGACAACUGGGCGAUCCGACACUUUGUGGAACAAGGGUUUGAGUUGGUCAUCGCCCAGUCGUUUGCCAAAAACUUUGGUCUCUACGGUGAGCGUGCCGGUGCGUUCCACUUUGUUGCCGCGCCGAGCGCCAAAGCGCAGGACAUCACCAAGCGCGUGUCGAGUCAGCUGGCCAUCCUACAACGGAGUGAAAUCAGCAACCCCCCUGCCUACGGUGCACGAAUCGCCAGCACGGUCCUCAACGACGCUGGACUUUUCGGCCAGUGGGAGGACGAUCUGCGGACCAUGUCUGGACGGAUCAUCGAGAUGCGAAAGAGCCUGAAGGCGGAACUGGACAGACUCGGCACACCCGGUAACUGGGAUCACAUCACGAGUCAGAUCGGCAUGUUCAGCUUCACGGGUCUCAGCGAACCGCAGGUUCUGGCGAUCCGCGAAAAGUGGCACGUCUACAUGACCAAGAAUGGAAGAAUCAGUAUGGCGGGUCUCAACACCGGCAAUGUCAAGUACUUUGCAGAGGCGUUGGAUGAUGUAGUGAGGAAUGUGAAAUGAGUCGGUCUCCGUACUCGUACGGGAGGUGUGGGAAACAGAGAGGGAAGAAGGGUGUAUAUGAAUACAAACACACUGGGCGGGGGAUGAGGACGAGAGAUGAUGACCUACAUUCAGUCGGGCUUAUCAUGGAUGAAUUUUUCUUUCCUCUCUUCGAUACGAGCUAUCUGGGGGUAUGUGCCCGAUAGGUAUUCGGGGGUGCAGAUUCAUUGGCGUCCUUCGUUUUCUUCUGCCAUGUAGAGAUAUCAAAAAGAGCAAAAGAUGGGUUCUUGGUAGGCCCGUGACUUGGGCUAUCAAAUCUGCAUUGGACCACACAAUA